AUGUCUUCAUUCGUGACAGAGGGGGCGUGGUUUGCGGGGCGUUCAGGACCGCUCGUCGAGAAACACACUGGGGUCAACGGCCCCGACACUGAAUUCGCAUCGUCCAAGGUACACCCAAAGGGACUGUUCGCCCUCGCACCAGCAGCCCACCUCAUGUGUGGCUUGACAGAAACCAGAGCACAGAGCAGCUCACCUUGGAAUGACUUCGGCAUACCUCCCCCGCACGCCAGCGCCGAGUGCGUCGUCGCAGGCCCGCUCGAUGUCGGUGUGGUGAGGGUCGAGGUCGAAAUGGUGGACGCGCAUGUCACGGGCGUCGUGUUCUCCUCGCUGCUCCCGGUGGCCGACAUGCUCAGAGGCGCCGGCUUCAUCGACGAUCGUGCCGGGGGUGGGGGCAGGGCGACGGCGGAAAUGGAUGCGCGCCGGAGAUGUACGGAUGGAUGCAGGGCGCACGGCGGCGCGCACAUGUGCAUCCCGGAGGGUGCACAGCGGCAGGAUAGGCGUGACGUCUUCGGCGCGUCCGCUUGGAGGACUGGCCGCUAUCGUGACUCCGCUGGACAUCGAGGGGAGAGUUGGGCUGAGAGGGAAGGUGGGGACGGGAAGCGCGUCAUUGGUGCCUGUGGGGCUUGGUCCUGUAUAGCACAUCAAUUAGAGUUUAUGCACUUCCUCCUCCAAGUCGCCUCCAGCUACGCGUACGUGUCCGACCUUUCUCCGAUCCUCAACGGCAUGUUCUCCUUCGUCCUCUUUGACCAGUCUGUCUUGCUCCCGCGCAUCGCGCGCGACCCAAUUGGGAAUCUGGGAUCACAACCCUCCACCAGGACUGGUCCUCGGCGCGCCCGGCACCCACCGAUCUUUGCGACGUUCUCGCCCGGCGACAUCUUCGACUCGUGCGGGCGGCUCGACAACGCGCUACUUCCGCCUGGCCUGAUGAGAUUCCGACGCGACCGCACCAAGGUCAACGAGGUGGCCCGGAAGCGGCUCAUGAGCGAGCUCGACAGCAGCCUGAUCGCGUCCGUCGCCGCGCGCGAGACAAAGAAAGUUGUGCAGGCCCGGCGGAGGCGCGUGCAGGAGGCGAGGAGCGGCCCCCAACGCCUGGUGAGGACGGUGUCGAUAAAGCGCUUGCGUUUCUCCUCUUCCUGCUUCUCUAUUCUCAUCACUCUGGGGUGCGAUGAGUGGGUGCUGAUCAAUCGAUCAUGA